AUGCAACUCAGCCCUCUUCAGUCACGACUUGCAGCGUCGUUAGGUGCUUCGCUGGUGAUAUUCGCCCUAUACCUACUGCUAUUCUCCCCGAGCUUCGCAUCUGCCACCGAGUUGCCCGUCAACCAUGCUGUCCGUGUGGAACAAAACGGCGAAUAUUCUCCCGAAGCGCCCCUCGCCCUGUCCGAUGGAUUAGACAUAUCGUACGAACCCGAUUUCGGUGCCUUUGACCGCAGCAUUAUUGGCCGAGCCACGGCUGAUGUGAACCCUCUCACCAACAAUGGCGCUGAGAAAUUGAAUCUGUAUCCUGGCCAGACCCAAUGUUACAUAUUUAAGAAAAGUACAAUUUUUAGUCGCGAUGCGAUCGCUGCCCGGGGUGCGGAAGACGACCAAUCGACAGAGGAGGAGGAACAGUCAACGGAGGAAGAUGAAGACGAAGGCAAUCGACUUUCACGCCGGGCAGAGUCGAAGACUGUUUAUAUCUCUGUCAAUACCUGCAUGCAACCAGGCCAGGAGACGAAGAGUGGGAAGACGGAGCAGGCGGAACAGCUCAACCUUUACAUUUCAACCAAGGUUGAGUGCCCAGGACCCUCCAAGGACCAGUCCAAGAUGAAAAUGGUCCCGUUCGAAGAAGGCGCCGCUAUGUACAGUUUCAACGUUACGGGAGACGUAUACAUUGGCGUCUCAGCCCCCAACAUUACUGGUAAUUACACGAGCUACUACAAUUUCGAGAUUGCGGCCUCCUUGGACGAAUACUAUCACAACUAUGAUGGCCAGAACAGCUCCCAGCUUCUGUGGAUGGACAGCGACUCAACUUCCGCCUUGCUUGUAACGCGGAAUCUCACUCAGUUCACCAAUGAGACCGAGAGUAUCAUGAAGGCUGAACUUCCAUACGACAUUUACUUUCAAAACAACAACUCGACUUCCCUUGAUGGGCUUCGACACUCAGUCUGUGGCUUGAUGCAAAGCGCCCAGCUCUCGUCAAUUGUCGACAACGAACAAGAAAGUAUACACAGCGAUAGAAUUACAACGGGAAUGACGACUCGCGGACCGGGAAACUUGCCUAAGCAGCAGUUUUACGUUGUGGGACUCGAUUCGGGCGCUUCCUACUCUGGUAUUCUUGUCAAGAGGGGGAAUGGCACCUCGAAUUCUUCGACCACCAAGCGAGCAGAGACCAGCAUAGGAGGUGGAGGCACGGUCUUCCGAGCCACCGACUUUGAAACGUCGACUGGAACAAACUGCAAAAUGGUGACGAAUCUUGAAUUCUGCAAUGAGACCCAGUACGCCGUCCCCGGCAAUGACAAAAGGUACAACAACACGGAACUCGCCAAAGUUUACGACGACUACGCCAAGACAAUGUACGCCAAUUUUGAAAAGGUGCUGAUGCAGAUCUCCUGCGAAGCACCGCCUGAUUCGCUCUAUUCUCUUGCCCGGGACUGUGACGACUGCAGGCGCGCCUACAAGGCCUGGCUGUGCACUGUCAGUAUCCCGCGGUGCGAGGAUUUCAUGAGCGACAGCAGCUACAGCAUUGUCCGCAACGUUGGCCAGGCCUUUCCCAACGGCACCAAGCUCCCCGCGGCGCAGCGUAAUGGGCUCGGCAAGACGCCCGCCUUCAACGCCUCGCGCAACUCAUUCAUCGACAAGAACAUCCAGCCCGGCCCCUAUAAGGAGCUGCUGCCCUGCGAGGACAUCUGCUACGAGGUCGUUCAGUCGUGUCCUGCCUCUAUUGGCUUUACCUGUCCGCAGCCUGGAUUCACCAGCUUCGAUGUCAGCUAUGGUCAGCGCGAGGCGAGUAGUUCGUCACCCAGUUGCAACUAUCCCGGCGAGGCCCGCACCAAGACUGGCGCUGCGACAGCUGUUUUGCCUGGCGCAGCGCUCCUCAGUGUGGUACCCCUAAUGAUGUGGCUGGGCUUAUGA